CAGCCUCCCUGCAAUUGCGGGAACAAAAAAAAAUAUACGUUUACAGAGCAUAGCUUUUAAAUUCAUAUAACUUAUCAUCGUCUUGCUAUCCUCGAUAAUCUCAAACAAACACCAUAAAAAAAAAGCAACGAUUUGAACUUGAAUGACGUUUAAAAAUGCUUGUCAGAAAAUAAGGCACUGAUUCUCCGAACCGUGAUCAGCUCUAUUAUGAAGUAAGAAGGAUUAUUUGGCGCACUCUGAUACUUUAUUGACUGAAUUGAUAUCCCACAUUGUGAUCCUCGAAUUCACUGAUCUUCAGGGAUCAUUGAUGGACUCGAGUUCUCAACUCUCAAGAAUAUUAAGUCCAACUUUAUGAAAUACCAUGUUUUUCUGCAAAAAAACAUUCUUCAGUGAGAAAAUCCAUUCGAAAAUUUUCAAAAACCAAUCCCACCAAUCAAUUCCUCGACGCCGAAAACCUUUAGUCAAAGUUGACAAGAAAUCAUUGUUUUCCUUGAAAACCGGUUCAAAAAAAGUGAGCUCCACAUGCAAACUCCAAACAUGGAGCUCACUUACUCAUCCGAUAAAACGCAAUCUAUGUUUUCUGGUUUAUCGUAGUAAGAUCGCAUUCCACUGAGAUACUAGCUCGGGAAUUAUAACUAAUGUUCACUAGAUAUAUAACCUGGGAUCUCAGAGCUUCCAUUGGGAUGCUAGUAGCAUCAUCUAAGAUGCUAUCAACAUUCCAGUUGAUGCUCCUAGCAUACCAAUUGAUGCUAGCACCAUCCCAGGUGAUGCUACUGCCAUCUGAGGUGGUUCCUAAAAUGAGCUCCUAAUUUUUAGUUUACGUAGUUUGAAGCACAGUUUUUCUUUGAGCUAAAACAAGCCUUUUUUCAUUACUAAAGCAUCUAUCUGAAAGUUUUCAAAAACCAAUGGUACCAAUUGAUUCCUCAACCCCAUAAAACUUUUUGUCAAGCUCUACCGGAGUAGAUGUAGAAAAGAAGUAAGCAUUAUUGUUUCAGACAAUGUUUUUUUUCACCCUGACACAUACACACAUACUGGCACAUUUUAUUUGAUAUGACUCUCCCUCAGUCUAGAGAAUAAGUCAAAAGGAAGCUAUACCGUUGGCUAGAGUAAUCAAUACGCUUGGAAAUGAUAUAGAAAGAAAAAAUUGCCGAAUUUUUGAAGGAACACAGAAAAUUGAUGAGCAUUAGAAGAGAAAGAGAGAAACAAGAAAGACUUCAAACUCUACAAAAAGAACUAUUCAUUGUCUUUUUUUCUUUGCUUUUCAUGCUUGCAAAAUUUUGUUUUCUUUACACUUAUGAACUCGUACAUGGAAAUCUCCUUAGAAUUUUGAAAGCUUAACAUUUCAGAUAUUAGAAAUAAUUAUUGACACAGCAGAAUUCUUACAAAGUCCUUUUCUUAAAGAAUAAGUUACGAAAAGUACUUCCUUAUGUAUGAGAGACAAAGAUCUCUUCGAUAAUGAUGAUUCAUUUUCUUUGUUCGUUGUAGUUAUUCCCAAUAUUCCAAUUGAUGCUCAAUGGUCACAGAAUGGAAAGACCGUUGCUGGAGAUAAUGGAUGCGGCAAUGCCACAAAUCAACUCGCGGAUCCUGGUGGUCUCUUUGUUGAUGAUGAUCAAACAAUGAUCAUUGCUGACUUCUGGAAUGAUCGCAUCGUCCAAUGGAAGAUGGGUGAUACGAAUGGACAAGUCGUAGCCGGUGGCAAGGGCCAAGGAAAUCGAUUGGACCAAUUGAAUGAGCCAAUCAAUGCGCUCAUCGACAAAGAGACUGAUAGUCUCAUUAUCUGCGAUUGUAGAAAUCGACGAGUCGUACGAUGGUCUCGUCGUAGUGGUACAACUCAAGGAGAAAUCCUCAUCGACAACAUCGAUUGUCGGGGAUUGUUCAUGGAUGAUCAGAGAUAUCUCUACGUCUCUGACGUCGAAAAACAUGAAGUCAGUCGAUAUCAAAUUGGAGACAAGAAUGGAACUAUUGUAGCUGGUGGAAAUGGCAAAGGUGCUGGUCUCAAUCAACUCAACUUUCCGGCCUACAUAUUUGUUGAUCAACAACAGACUGUUUACGUGUCAGACAACAACAAUCGGCGUGUCAUUAAAUGGAAUAAAGGUGCAAAAGAAGGCAUUGUCGUCGCUGGAGGUCAAGGUGAAGGGAAGGCUCUGACACAAUUGUCGUAUCCUCAAGGACUCUUCGUCGAUACGUCUGGUACCAUCUAUGUGGCAGAUUCGUCGAAUCAUCGAGUAAUGCGUUGGCCUAAAGGAGCAAAACAGGGUACUGUUAUUGUGGGUGGAAAUGGUGAAGGAGCAGAAGCAAAUCAGUUCAAUCUUCCCGUGGGUUUGUCUUUUGAUCGACAAGGCAAUCUCUAUGUCGUCGAUUAUGAAAAUAAUCGUGUUCAAUUUUUUCCAAUUCAAUAA